AUGCUUGACAACGCGAAUGAGUCCGAAAACGAGCUAGCCUUGUCGAUGUCGUCGAUAGAACGAACCGUUGACGCCGGUUUCUCCGUCCACCAGGAUGUCGAAUCCGCAGAGCUCGGUACAAUCAAUGCACCCAUGACCACCGAUGAUUAUCGCGAAAGGGUUGACGGUUUGCCGUUCCGUCCCCCUUCCCCACAUUUGAAGAACCAGGCCUCCUCGUCGGGCUAA